UUAGUCUGUGAUCAAAGCCACUUGUGUGUAUUCAAAUACGAGUUGGCCCUGAAUUUGCCUCUUGUUGGAUGUCUAACGGGUGUGUUCCUUUUUUAGGGGUAGCUAUAUAUGAAUGCAUUCAAGGCUACUCAACAUAAAGUGCUUCUUCACCUAGAAUACCUUUGAGCCAACUGCACUAUUCAAAUUUCAUGAACUUAAAUUAGAGUGUCAAUCUAAAGUGCGAAUAUUCACACACAAUAUUCCUCUGAAACCUGUUUGUUUGAAAUGGUUGUUUUGCUGAGGACUUGCAGUCAGGAAGGUUAGGUCACUUUAUAUAAGUGAUUGGGUGAAAGGCCUCUUGACUUUCAGGUGUAUUCCACUGGGCUGAUAAGAAGUCUGAAGAAAUGCACUUGAGUUUCAAGGAAGUGUAGCGACGUUUUCAAGAUAACUGCACGUUAUGCAACUCUUGAUUGUGCCAAUUGAAAAUGAAAUCUGUGGCAGAACAAAUAACUUGAAGAACUCAGUGAGUCCUCAAAACAUGCUGCAAAAUAGUCCCUAAAAAGAUGUUAAGAUACAAAAGAUAUUAACUGUAGUAUAGGCCAAACGUCAAACGUCAAAGGACAUGCCUUCUGAUUCGGUGGGUUUUCUUUACUUUUACUACUUACUACAUGGUAAAUACCCACUGAAGACAUCAAAUAUAUGAAGCAGGAUAUAUGGGAUUCUGGAGCAAAGGAAAAAAACACUGCAAAGCCCUGAUCUUCUCAAUGAGCCUCAUGAUGUCGUGUGUGGUGUGCAGUAGUCAGCAGCAGUCCAAGCAAAUGGUGACAUGGUUUGACAUAACUUUUCUUGUUUACUACAUAAUUCCAUAUGUGUUAAUUCAUAAUUAAUAAAUAAUCAUAGUGUUUUAGGUAGUCAAAAUUGUUCUUGGACGAGACUUGAAGACCACUUUUUUAGGGUUUUGGAUCAGUAUGUCUUGAUGUUUUCUUGGUCCUGAUCAGAUAUCUUGUGGCGUGGUCUUGAAUACAGCACAUGUAAAUUGUCAUUAAAACACAUUGCAUGAGAAGUAUGUCCAAACUUUUGGCCUUCGAUGAAGAAUUGCAGUACAAUAUAAAAAUAGCAAUAAUGGCUUUUCAAGCACAAUAAUUAGAGCUUUUAAAAAACACCUAUUAAAAGAUAAUUGUAUUUGAAAGUAGACAUUUCAAUCCACCUGCUUUAUUGUUUUGGUCAAAUCAAAGGCCUCUUUAUAAAGUGCAGUGUGAAUACACGAAACACACCCUUUCCAACGAUCCGUCUGUUUCUGUUCCUCCUGCCUGGUUGAUGUUGUCACACACUUGUUUUUUAGUUUUGCUUUAAUAUCAUCUGGAAAUAACCGUAAACAGAAACUGGUUGCUGUUAGUCACCGACUGACAAACAAUGUCGUCAUUUUAUUCCUUAGUUGUCGUGUCUAAUGAUUGUCACGUUUAUGAGGAAUGUUGUUUGUCAUAGAUCAGGUUCGUCACAAGUGAAAGUGCUGUGGAAUAAAGGAAGCAACAGACUGGAAUUUCCCGUCGAUCACCUGCAGUAAACAGGUGGCCAUUAAGUCGAUCCGCAAAGAGAAGAUCAAGGAUGAGCAGGACUUGGUACACAUUCGGCGGGAGAUCGAGAUCAUGUCGUCCCUCUGCCACCCACACAUCAUCACCAUCUAUGAAGUGUUUGAGAACAAGGACAAGAUUGUGAUCGUGAUGGAGUACGCCAGCCGCGGUGACUUGUACGACUACAUCUGUGACAAGAGGAGGAUCUCCGAGCGUGAGGCUCGCCACUUCUUCAGACAGAUCGUGUCGGCGGUGCACUACUGCCAUCAGAAUGGAAUAGUACACCGGGACCUGAAACUGGAGAAUAUUUUACUCGACGGCAGCGGCAAUGUUAAGAUUGCUGACUUUGGCCUGUCGAAUCUCUACCACCGUGACGAAUUGCUGCAAACCUUCUGCGGAAGUCCCCUGUAUGCCUCCCCUGAGAUCGUAAAUGGACGACCAUACCGAGGACCGGAGGUGGACACCUGGUCUCUGGGCGUUCUGUUGUACACCAUGGUUCAUGGUACCAUGCCUUUCGAUGGGAUCAACCACAGAACGCUUGUCCAACAGAUCAGCACUGGAAACUACCGGAAACCGAACAACCCCUCCGAUGCGUGUGGACUUAUUCGCUGGAUGCUGAUGGUCAAUCCUGAACGCAGAGCAACGGUAGAAGAGAUAGCCGGUCACUGGUGGCUGAACUGGGGGUACCAACACUCGCUGUUGGUGGAGACCCAAGCUAGCACGAUGGACCCAACCCCAGCACCCGCCUCCCCUUCUAGCCAGCAUCCUCCAGCACUAGCCAGUGUUGCUAACUGGCUGCGGCGGACGUCAAGGCCGCUGCUGGAGAACGGCUCCAAAGUGCGCUGCCUGCUGCGCUCGCAGGGCGGCGGAGCAGACGUGGUGCGCCAGCGCUCCUUGAGAAGGUCAAGGAAAGAGAACAACGUCUCCCAGACUUUCAGUGAAGCCAGCACGGACACCAAGCCCUCCAAAGGCAUUUUAAAGAGACGGAACAGUGGGAAACAGAAGCUUGUAAGCGGAAUCCCGGACACAGAAAAUAUCUUGGGCUCGUCGGCACCUUGCAGCGAGGCUGCGAUGCCACCUCGCAAAGGAAUCCUGAAGAAGAAGCCAGUGGAGCAAGAGUCUGGCUACUACUCGUCCUCGCCAGAGAACAGUGACUCUGGCUGGGCACCACAGGCUAGCGAGUGUCCCUCCGCACCCACUCAAAGGAAAGGAAUCCUGAAGCGCAAUGGCAAGUUCUCCUCCGGUGCCGCGCAAGAGUUCGGCUCACUAGACCAACUCGCAGUUUCAUUACCCCGAGGAGGCUCCAGGCUGAGACCUAAUGGGGCCGUAAGCGAGGACAGCAUUCUUUCCUCUGAGUCCUUUGACCAGCUGGAUCUCCCAGACCGGGUUGGACCUUCAACACUACUGGAGAAACCAGUCAAGGCACCCAUGAGAGCCUGCGUAUCAGCAGACAACCUUCUAGACAUUCAGGAGGAUCAUGUGCUCGCAGACGGUUUGCAAAGAUCCUGGAACUGCUAUGAGUCCGGAGUGUCGGACAGUGCCUUCUCCAUUUCAGACUGUGACAACGUUACAGAGAACUACAAACAGGCCAUGAUGGUCAGAGGCUCGGCUGGAAGAUCAGGAACUGGCUGAUGCUCCCUGAAGGUUUUUGUCGUGCUAACCAAAGCUCCCUUGGCGUGAGGCACUCCAGUUCCUGUUUUUCCGCUGACCUCAGGAAAUUGCACAGCACCAAAAUGAGAAGCAGAUUUCUUUACAGCAAAAAUAUGUGCAUUGUAUAGGUUCUCAGGAUUCUUCAAGCUCACAGAGGAGCCAAACUACUGGUCAGGAUCGAUCUGAUGCAGUGCUGCUUUUAACCAUCGAAUGAGGCUUUUUUUAUGGUUCAUGAGAAUGACUUCAAUUGUACCAAAGACCUUUUUUUGUUCGUUUUUUACUUGCUAGAGUUUAAGUGCCAAAGGGUUUUGCUUGUGAAGGGACUAUUUAGAGUGGUUCUUUUUUUGUUUGGUUUGGUUCUUCAUUUGGAUAAUGACUUGAAUAAUGUGCAUGACUUGUAACCAGAAUAACCUGUCUGGGGUUGGUCCUGCUCCCAGGCUCAUGCACGCACACACAGGAAUGUCAUUUUGGGAAAAAUGUUGUUUAAAAACCAGUGGACAUUGUUGAAAUUAGCUGUGUUCAUAUGUUGCCAAAUGAACUUUAUCCACCCCUUGUUCUCUAUUGAUGAGCUGCAGUGAUGUCUAACUUAAAUGUUAAAAAAGGAAAAAGUAUUUUUUAAGUUUUGGGGCACUUUGUGAAAUGCUUUUUUGCACACUGAAACCUUAAGUUACCUUUGCUUCGCAGCUCUGAAAAAGGUCAACAAUUAGUGCAUCAAAGUGCCUGUAGUUGUUUAAUCAGUCAAGCGAAACUGGAGAGCGAAGUAUUUGCAUGGUAGUUUUAUUGGCAUUAUGUAACACUAUUGAACUUGCAGGAGGGAUGAGGCCAUUUGGGAACUGCAGCGCAGAUCUGCACCAGUCAAAGACAGUUUGUAGUUUUUGAUUCAUGGAGCCAGAGGGUUGUUUAAAGAUGAGCAAAAGCAUGGUUUCAUGUCUGGGAGUGUUUAUUUCUUUUCUCAGCCAUUGUGUUUGCAUGCCAAAGUUACCAGCUUCGCCAUCUUAUGACUGUGUGAACGACGGCGCUGCAAUGACCUGGAUGACAUUAAAACAAUUCUCUCCA